AUGCUUCUUAAAACUCUUUUGUUCCUGGCUGGAGCACAGUCAGUCUUUGCCAAGUGCAAAUGCACCCCUAACGACAAUUGCUGGCCUUCUGUCAACUCAUGGAACACCCUCAACAGCUCCGUGAAUGGAAAGCUUGUACGCAAUGAACCCAUUGCCAGACACUGCUACCACGGCCCAGGCUACAGUUCCGAGCUCUGUCAAAGCAUCAGCUCCAACUGGACCAGCAACGUCUACCAGGCCACUUUUCCCAUUGGAUAUAGCUAUCCUCUCGUGGAAUGCUGUCCUCCCGUGAAUGCCACGGUGGCUGGCUACCCACAGUGCGAUCUGGGCAAUCAUCCCGUUUACACCGUCAAGGCGACAAAGGCAGGGGAUGUGGCUGCCGGGAUUAAAUUUGCCAGCGACAACAAUGUGAGAUUGGUGAUUAAGAACACUGGACAUGAUAUUUCGCAGCGAUCGCAAGGAUACGGCAGUCUAUCCAUUUGGAUCAAGUCUAUCAAAGAUGGACUUCAUUUCCACGACAACUUCAUUCCGUCCAAUGGAUCUUGCCCAUCCAACUGGACUGGAAAUGCAAUUACCGUCGGCGGGGGAUACGUGUGGCAGGAUGUAUACGACUUUGCCGGCGAGCACGGCGUCAUCGCGGUCGGUGGAGCGGAUCCGACGGUCGGUGUUCUCGGAGGCUACAUGCAGGGAGGCGGCCAUGGCCCGGCAAGCCACUUCUUCGGACUCGCAGCCGACCAGGUUCUCGAAUACAAAGUAGUGCUAGCAUCAGGGGAACUUGUCACCGCCAACGCAUGCCAAUAUACCGACCUCUUCACAGCACUCCGAGGCGGCGGCGGAGGCACCUACGGGGUAGUCCUCUCCGCCACAAUCAAAGCGCACCCAACGCGUCCCGUUCUAGGCCACAAUCUCGACAUCAUGGCACUGCAUGGAAACAACGCCGCCGUUCUCAACGCCACCGGCAACAUCAUGUCAAAACUAGCAGCCCUCUCCGACGCAGGGUACUCCGGCACCGCAAUCCUCACCCCCAUAUCCGGCCCAUUAGUCUACACCCACCCCUUCCUCAACCUCCUCGAAAACAACUCCACCUCAGCCCUGCAGCGCGCCAAAGACGCCAUGAACUGGCUGAUCCUCACUGACCUCCUCCCUCACAACGGCACCUCAUAUCUAGUGUCCUCCACCUUCACCACCUACCCUUCAUUCUACGCCUACUAUGCCAGCCAACACCAUACAACCCCCGGAUCAAACCGACCCAUCAUGGCCUCCCAACUUAUGACCAAGCAAACACUCGAGUCCCCGCAGAACAACCUAACCAGUCUACUCGAAACCAUCACCAACCAAACGGUAGUCCCGAACAGCACCCUCUGGGCCACCCUAUUCAACAUCGUCGCAGGCGGGAAAGUCCUCGACUCCGUCCCUCAUACAUCCAUGAACCCGGCAUGGCGGAAAGCCCACCUCCUAUUCCAGCAAAUCGAAGUCUGGCCUGAAAACGCCGGCACCGAGGAGAUUCACCAACACCGAAGCGAUCUCACCAACAUCAAACUAAAAGCAAUGAAGGACGUGGCUCCGGACAUGGGCACCUACGUGAACGAAGCAGAUCCAUACGACCCAGACUGGAGAAAGAAUUGGUUUGGAGAUAGAUACGACUGGCUUGUGUCAGUCAAGAAGAAAUACGACCCAGACAACGUGUUUUGGUGUUGGAGAUGUGUCGGCAACGAGGGCUGGGAAGAAGUCACGGGAGGGGCGUGGUUUGGACCGUUGUGUGAGACGGGGAAAUAA